AUGCAGAACCUUGGCCAGGAAAAUAGCUCUGUGUCCGAGUUCAUCCUCCUUGGCUUCUCCAGUGAGGCUCAGGUCAGAAUGGCCCUGUUCACUUUUUUUCUCCUCCUCUAUCUCAUCACCCUUAUGGGCAAUGGGCUCAUUGUCACCCUGAUCUACUUAGACUCAUGCCUCCACACGCCCAUGUACUUCUUUCUCAGUAUCCUCUCCUUGGUAGACAUGAGCUAUGUCACCACCACUGUGCCGCAGAUGUUGAUCAAUAUGGUGUUUCCUAGAAGGACCAUCUCCUGGGGAGCCUGCGUAGCCCAGAUGUUCAUCUUCUUGGUUCUGGGUAUUGCUGAGUGUGUGCUCUAUGCCAUUAUGGCCUAUGACAGGUAUGUGGCCAUUUGCUUUCCUCUUCACUACACAGUGCUCAUGAACCGUCCUGUUUGUAUCAAGAUGGUCACAAUAUGUGGGUCAAUUAGCAUCAGUGGGGCCCUAAUCUACACCAUCUUCACCAUGCGUCUGCCCUACUGUGGGCCCUACAAGAUCAACCAUUUCUUCUGUGAGGUCCCUGCAGUCCUGAAGUUGGCCUGUGCAGACACAUCCUUCAAUGACCGUCUGGACUUCAUCUUGGGUUUCAUCCUGCUCUUGGUCCCACUCUCCCUCAUCUUAGCCUCUUAUGUCCGCAUCUUUGCCUCCAUCUUAAGAAUUCACUCAACCCAAGGGAGACUCAAGUGCUUCUCCACUUGCGCUUCUCAUGUCACUGUAGUCACCAUGUUCUAUGGGCCUGCCAUGAUCAUGUACAUGAGGCCUGGCUCCUGGUAUGACCCAGAGCGCGACAAGAAGUUGGCCCUCUUCUACAACGUCGUCUCUGCCUUCCUCAAUCCCAUCAUCUACAGCCUCAGGAACAAGGAUGUGAAGAGUGCUUUUCUGAAGGUGCUUGGAGACAGAGGGGCAGCUCCAUGA